AUGGCGUGCCCGAUCCUUGACUCGUCCGAGUCCAACGUGCAGCAGUUCCCAUCAGACGCCAGCGUGGAAUGCUGCCAGCAAGACUCGGAACAACGUCCUCAAUGCUUGAAUCGAGCCACCACAACGGACAAUGCUGCCGAGCAGAACCCUAACGCCGUUCAUUGCCACGGAUGCGAAGCUACCGGCCACGAUGCAGAGGUUGACUCUCCCGAAGCCUGCCGUGCCUUUGAUGAUGACAGUACUUCUACCAAUGCGGCGGAUUUGGAUACGCCCGAUUCUUCGUCUGAUGAGCAAUGCGAAAUAUUCUGUCCGUCGUCUCGCAACUCAGCCUUCCAUUUUUCGGACGAAUCUAUCACCAGUGAUGACGGUUCCACCACAGGUGCCAGCUCCGGCUACGCUUCGGAUGCUGUGCACGAACGGUUCUUGGCCUGCGAUGGCCCGUGGUCGACGUAUAACCGCAGACUCGAGAUGCCGGCCUACGAGUACGAUCAUCAUCAGCUCAGGCCUACUAUUUGCGAUUACGAUUAUGACCACGAACAUGCUACAUCCUGCGCCGAGCAGGCAUAUACGCCCUUCUGA